ACUCGAGUCGGUGCGUCGGUCAAAGCCUCCGGCAUGCUCCAUUGUUACAGUCCACUGUCUCCAACGCUAUAAAACUACUGUUGCACUGAAGUAACCGACAUUUUCUUGAAAUGAAGCCACAUCCUCCGAAAGUGAGGCGUUGUAACCUCUGGGAUGACGACAAGAAACCAAGGCGGGCUAAAAGGGGGUCGUUUGGUUGCUGGAGGAAUGACAGUGAUUGUUUCUUUGUGCAUCCGACAGAAAGGGAAUGGGACACGGCUGAUUCGUCUUAUCCUCCUCCGGCACACGAGGUUCUUGACAACGACAACGAAUUCCGCUACGAGCUGAGCAGCAGACUCAAGAAACCAAGCAGCUUUUCUGUGUUAUCAGAAUCUCGUCGCGACCACCCUCGAUACGCUAGCCCGUCCCAAAGUCCCCGAGCACCUCGACAGGACAGUAGGAACGACAAAGGGUCACGUUCACCUUCCACAUCAGUGGCUGAAUCUGAUAAACUCGAAAAACUACGAAGGGACGACGGCUAUCACCGACGCAUGAGCAUAACAGGUUCGUCGUCGUCUUUCUCCAGACGUCGUACUCCCCCUUUGGAUGGUCGCGGAAGGCGCAGCGACCGAGCUCGCUCACCAAGACGAUUAUCACCACCGCGAACCCAAAUGUCCGUAACAAAGACCAUCAUGCCGCCACCACCGCCACCACCACCCUCGCACCCACCGCCUCCUCCUCAAGGGAAUUCGCCAACGGAACCACUACCUCCCGUUCCUAUACCACCAUCUAUCCUUUCUUUAGACAUAUCAGAAAAGCCACCCGAAAACUUCAGAGCAUUAUCAGCAGAUGAUCUACGUAAAGUCUGGUAUGAAAGAGUGGAUCUCCUUUUCGCAUCUGUAAAGGCGCGCGAACAGUUGAGCUAUGCGGAGGCAGACUUGAAAUUGAAUAAAUUGGGCGAGUCCUCGCGCAUAGGCAACGUGUCGGACGCUCGUGCCAGGGCUCAGACGGAGUUGCGGUGCCAGGCGAAGAAGAAAGAAAUCUCCGAUAGCAUCCAAAAACUCACUGCAUCAGAAUUCUGGCCGGCUCUCAAGCCACCUGACUUGCAGAGCGUGGAAGCCAAGUUUUCCGACAUGAAGCAACAAAUAUCAGAACUGAAAGAUUCAGUUGGCGAGCUCAGUACAUCUUUCUCUGCACUCCUCAAGCUAAAGCACCCUGGCAACGCCUUCGGAUCAAGUGAACCCCCACUGAAGAAGCGGAGGUUAGAGGGAGAGGACGCCACAGCUGGUUCUGGUGAAGUCACUCUUUCACUCAGUGCCUUGGAGGGCAUUCAAGCACGCUUGAGCAGUGUCGACAACAAGUUAGUCGACCUCCAGAAUGACAUCUUGCAGCGCAGCACGAUCGCAGGGGAUGAGAUUGAAUCUCGUAUCGACGCUCGGCUGGAAGAUGUGGAGAUAUUUCCAGAUGAAGAUGAUGUGAAUCCUUCGUCGGCACUUGUGACUGCUGUGGUGCAGGCUGAGACUGUCAAGGCCCUGGACAUGAUCAAUUCAACCGGCCAACAGCUGGGAGUAGUGGCACAGGAGGUCGCAAACUUGAUGAUACAGAGCAAAUGUACCGACGACGAAGCUACGCGGUUAAGACAGGAAAACGAGCAGCUCAAAACUGAGAUCAUCAAGCUCAAGUCCUCGGCUGAGGCUGACGCCCAAGUGGUACAGCAAAAUAACGAACAAGUAGAGGCUUUAGCAGCAGCUCUACAAGCCUACAUCUCACAAGCUCCGCCACCUCCUCCACAAUCAAUUAUUCCAACCCAUGAAUAUCUCAUGGAAGAGCUCGAAGACCAUAUUCUUUCCAGUUCCAUUAAGGCCAUCGAGCCUCUCUUGCGGGACAUGAAAGACGAGGUCUCCAAAAUGUUAAAUGACGAGAAUCAUGCCAUGUAUCAAACACUGUGGCCAAAGAUCGAACUUGUGUUACGCAUGGUGGACACGGUUAAAAAGGGUAGUAAUAUCAUUCUCGAUCCGGAGUAAGAACGUGUAACGGUUUGCUGGAAGUUACACUUCCAACAUAAUAACGUAGUCUUACAUCCCUACUAUAGCAGAGAACAUCCAUUCGAAUCCUCAUUGGCAUUCGAUGUUAAUGACAUAGAUAUAUUCACAUACUGCAACAUUCAAGCGUAGAUGUACAAACGAUCAGUCAUAUUCGUCGUCCUGUCUGAACGCCGCCGAAUAUGCCAAUAUAGUUCCAUACACCAGGCUACACCGGAAACAGUGAGCCUUGAGAAUG